GGAUCCGACUUCAGUACGAACAAGCAAGCAUAAACAACAGAAACAGAGCAUUUCCAAAUCAGCCAAUCUGUGAUGGAAUUGUUGUUCAGCCCGCACCUUGUUUUGACUUUGAUGGCGUGUGCAUUUGUCCUUCAGGCUGCCGCAGAUUCUCCCUGCGAUUCCCAGCCGUGCUUAAAUGGAGGGACGUGCACUGUAGAUGGUGACAAUUUCCUAUGCGUUUGUCCUGAUAAUUUUGGAGGAGACACUUGCAACACAGGGGAAAGGUCAAGAAGGCAAAUCCACAAAAGGGCGCCGAAGAAGAAAAUCAUCAAGAGAGGAGAGCCUUGGCUUCACCACUAAUGACCAGUGGACCAGAGAUGAAAGGUAUCUUAAAGCUUAUAUCUUUCCUGGAGCAGUGAAGUGUAAGCGAAGAAGACAAUGGGCGUGUUUUGAAUACCAGGAUGACCUAGACUUGUCGCUAUGUUCAGCGUAUCCAUAUUACGAGAUCAACUCGGCUUUACCAGAUAUUAAAAACAAUGUCUUUGCUUUCCAUUCAAUUGCUUUAUCUACUGAUGGAUACCUUAUUCAUAUUCUGAAAUAAAUAUUUCA